CUGCUCAUAGGCGCCAGUGCAGCGUUUCUUACUACCACCCCACCUCUCGGAGGUUUGCUCAACUUCAACGAGCAAGGCCCAUAUAUCUGUCUCCUGCUGUCAUUCGGUCUCACGUUGGGAGGUGUUGUUAUCGGCUCGAGCCUUCUCUACGCCUUGCCAAUUGUUCAGGGGACAUGGCAUCGAGAUAGUCUCAUGGCAUCCCGAUCGCACGUCUGCUGCACAUUAAUCUUCCUCACGUACCCGUUCAUCACCAUCGGCACAUCUACGGUUGUGAUGGCCAUGGGUAAGCAUCCUUGCUAG